GCACUUAUCAGUUCACCAUCGAGUGCUCUAGAGUCCUGGAGAUGAAGAGCGAGGACGUUUGGGUGGUCACGAUGCGUGUGGUCGUGGACACGGUGUGGAUAGGACUCAACACUGGCCACGUACUGAUAUUCAGUACCAUCACAGGUACCUCAAAGUCUGCACCGCAGCAACCCCAGCUGCUAACACACUUCAAGCUGCAUGAAGGAGAAGUCCGGCAGUUGUUACUGCUCCAUCCUUCGUACAUGGGGCCGUCGUCCAUUGAAAGGGAUGGAGAGCAACUCCUUAGUAGCAUGACAGGCGUCCAGACCCCUUACGAUGAGCGGGUGUACGUUUUGAGCUGUGGCGAAGGUCUUGUCAAGCAACUGCCGACGCUGAGUCACACCGGUACAAUUGUGGGGGAAGACCACCACUCUGCAGCGAAAGGUCCCCCCGAGCCUAACAGAGAGGAUCUGUAUGCAGUCAUGCUGGAGGGUAUGUGCGAGAGCAGAGUCAGUGACAUGGAGAGCAAGUGCGAGCGGCCGUUUUUUUGCAUACAUGCGACCGCAAGAGUCUUCCUACUACACGGUACCUGCCAGAGAGUAUGCCGAUGUUUAUACGAAUCCAGCGUUCCGUACAAAUACCUGGUCGGCAGCUUCCGUCCUCUCUCCCAUUGAGAGCAAAAUGAAGAAACUGCACUCUCGCGACGAAGACUCAGAGAUAUACGAGAGCAUUAGACACUGGAGCAUUUCAAAGGUGAGACAACCGAAACCCGUAGGAAGCCCAGAAACCACCACCUCAAGAGUUGACUGACUCUCCGCCCAAGUUGCCGCCUCGCAAUCCAGUUUCUCGUCCCCUCACUUCUUCUCCGAUUCUGUCUGCCAAACGUCUGCCGGUGAUAAUAGAGCGAGAGAGAGAGAAUAGCGUUGGAGCCUCUCACAGUAGCACUGAGCUGAGUGGGAGCUCCACCCUGCCUCCUGGGGCCAAGAACUCGCUCUCAGUUCAAGGUGACAUUCCCUCGAGGGACAAGUUACGAUCGGCUACGAUCCCCAACAGAGCUGGGCUGGUGAAUUCCCCUUCUCCCAGUGACAAAAUGGACGAUUCGUGUGAAGACAGUAUGUACGAUCCCUACGUGUCGAUGGUGAGCGUGAUGCAGGCGAGAGCCCAUUCAGUCGCUCUGCCGGCAAGAGCAACUAGUUCACCUAAAUCUCUGCGACCAUCGUCUAAGCAAAAUCCUCCACGGUGCCCCCAAAACCUAAACCAAACAAAAGCUUGCCCCCAAGGCCACCUCCCAGGGAUUCUAAAGACCUGCAUUCAUGAGGGUUUUUACAUGGGCAAUCUCUCUACCAUCUACAUACAUACACACAUACAUACAUACCCAUAUGUAAACAUCUCUGGCUUUGUAUCUCAACAUUUUUCCACCUGUCUGCGCCUGUUCUCAGCUGUAUUUUUUAAACAAAUUAUACAGGGCUUAUCUGUAAUGUAAACAGUUUGUUUACCUAUUCUAUAGCGUAGCACUGCAUUUUUCACUUU